CGAUUUGCAAAUAAAAACUGUCAGUCUUCGUAAAAAAGUUGUGAAUAAUUCAAUGCUCUCGGUUCCCGUAAAAAACUAAAGUAACGUGAAAACUUGCUGUAUUUAAUAUCUUCAUAUUUGGUGGUUAAAAAUAGUCCAAAUUUAUAAAGCAUUCCUCGGAAAAUGGAUUUUGGAACGCUAUUGCAUGUUGCAAAGAAAAAUAGUGAUAACACUAAAAAUGAGAGCAAAUAUUACAGCACCAAAUUUGCUCCGCCCAAAAAGGAGUCAAAGGACAAAAAAUUAUCGGCAAAUAUUCAAAAAUUUCUACAAAAACGGGAACAGGAAGAACGCGAACGCGAAAGAGAAAAACAACAAAAACUUGCAAGUUUACUAGCAAUGCGUGAUGAAAAGUCUAAAAAUAAGAUAAGAAAAAUGCUCAAAGUCACAAAGUCAGCCAACAAAUCCGUACUGGAUGAUGCAAUCAAUACAGAUCAUACCGCGGUUACUAUGACUGGACCGGAUCAACCUGAUCAAGAUGAUUAUGGAUACGUCUCAACGGAGGCAAAUGCCUUUUACGCAAAAUACAUAGAGAAGGUUAAAGACGUAAAAGAAGACAAGGGGUUUGCUCCAAGCCGACCACAAUCUUUAAAGGAUCUCUCAGGCACAAAAGAGCGCGUUAAAGCUGCCAUUACGCGCGAAACUGAAGAAAAGCUGAAAGGCCAUAAAACCCCAAGAACAUCUAGUAGUAGCACAAGCUUGAGCAGCGGUAUUAAGGAACCCAGCAUUGUGCGAUCAAGUUCUUCUAAACCCAUAUAUGACCCAGAAGCUGAACGUCGUGAAGAAGAACGUAAGAAACGUGAAGAGGAACAAAAUCGCAAAAAGAACCGAAAACCAGCACCACCACCAAUGGAUUUUAAAGCUUUGCUAAAGUUGGCCGAACAAAAGCAACAUGAACCCGUUGAAAUAUUACCAGUGGUUAAGAAAAAAGAACCGGAACGUUUGUUAACAAUGAAAGAAAAGAAGGAAAUGGAGGAGAGACAACGUGCCAAAGAAGCGCGUGAACGUAGAGACCGAGAACGUGCCGCUGCUGCGGGAAAGGAGCGAAAAGAAAAUGGUGUAAAUAUUUCAGCGAGUUCUGGACCAGCGCGUAUGGAACCGAAUGGUCGUAUACCAAAAUUGAAUCAAGCAACCAAACCGACGUCAACAACAACGACUGUUCAAUCAAGUAGCAAAUCAAUAGGUGCCUCCAGUAAACCUUCAGGUGGCGUAGGAGGGACGAAUGGAUUUAAAAAACCAUUUUCUUCAUCAGCAGCAACAACAUUAUCACAAAAAGAGUCAACAAACUCUAGUGCGAAGAGCUCAUCAUCAUCAUUAACGGCUGCAUCGUCCUCCUCGUCAGUAAGUGCCAAGCAAUCUCAUUCCUCUGCAAAUAAACCAUCGUCAGUAAGUUCCAAAUCAGCGGCAACAUCUGCAAGUGCCUCAGCCAGUAGCAGUAGUAGUAAAAAUCCUUUUAGAAGUUCAUCGAGUAAGAAUCCAUAUACUAAUGGAACAACUCGUGAAUUUCCUCCUCGUGAUUUAAAAUCUAUUAAGCCGCGCCAAUUCCCGCCACCGGAUGUGCAGAAGACAAGGCAAUUUCCACCGCCAGAUAUGCAACGGAAUCGUGGAAAAGAAACAAAGAAGCCGCAGGCAAAUAAAAGACUACGAAUUGAGGAUGACGAUUCCGAAUACGACUCGGAAAUGGACGAUUUCAUUGAUGACGGUGACGAAGAAGAGGAUUAUUCAUCGCAUAUACGCGCUAUAUUUGGCUAUGAUAAGCAAAAAUAUCGUGAUUUGGAUGAUGGUGACGACACCGCUAUGGAAUCAAACUUUGCACAAGUUCAGCGCGAGGAAUACAUUAGUAAAAAAAUUGGCAUACAAGAAGACUUGGAAGAUAUGAAAUUGGAAGCUCUUGAAAAGCGACGUAAGAUGAUGGCGAAAAAGCGAAAACUCCAAUGAAAGCAACACGUCUUGCUUGAAGCAUUUCGUAGAUAUCCAGAGAUUUGCAAUAAUAAUAAUAUAGUGAGUUUUAUUUUAAUGACAUUUGGUUGAUUGGUUGUUUUUACACAUAUUUUUCAAUUUAUGUGCAACUUUGUUACACGCUUUGUUUGUUUUCAUUAUGAAUGGCUUUUAUUAAUUAGAGCAAUCUCUAGCCACAAUAUUUUUACAUAAAUACAUAUAUAUAUAUGUAUAUCCACAUUUAUAUAAAAUCAUAUACAUGUAUAAAUUUAAGUUAAUCCCAAAAAGUAUAUUUUAAAUAUGUAUAUACGUAUACGUACGUAAUUGAAAGUGGAAAAUAAAUUUUUGAAUUAUUUGCCGGAAA